AUGACAGCCGGCCGCUUGCUAUCCGAUGCCGUUUCCGUGAUUUACGAUGAGAUGGCAAGGGCGCUUCUCGUCGAUAUAAUACGCGCUCGUUUAAUAACCCGUAAUCGUAUUACGCGAAUUUUAUUCAUUUUCCAUUCCACGGAUUUCUACGGGGAAAAGAACCCUGAAAUCGAAAAUUUUCAAGUGCAGAACUUUGGAACUAUGAGCAUGAGUGUCUGUCUUCAAUCAAAAGAAAACUCUACGCUUCUUCAGAUAUUAUCGAUUAUCGAGGGGGCAAAGUUUUCAUUGAACAUCGAGAUAAGAAGGAUCCACACGUUAGUCGAAGAAAGCGAUUUGGGUUAUGGAGCUCUUCGUGCCAGGCUCUGGUUCUCGAGGGCUCGAAUUGUCAGUAAAACGAACAGUCGCGAACGAGCGCAAGAUCACCAUUUAACGCGCGAAUUGCUCUCGAAUUCAACCCCAAUCGACGAAUUUUCCGAUUCUGUCCCUCAGGAAAAGGAAACGGCAGUGACAAGGAACGAGGGAAACGACGCAGGAUCAGACUCGUCCGAUGAAGACGCCACAACGCGAAGCCCGCCGCAGCUCGAAAAAGGAACGAGGAGAACCGCGCGCCCCGCGGUUCAAGAAUCGACCGGGCUAGUCACUGUGGCUUCGUACAGGAGAAGACAUCACGUUGCGGAGGAGGUGCCGGGACUCUACAUUCGGCGCCUGACGCUCGAGGACCCGAGAAGGAGGGAACCGUACGGUUCAAGGUCGCAGUCCCCGGCGCGCCAUAUCUGUCAUCCGCGUAGCGGCUACGCGCGCUCGGCGCGAGGUUCUUCAAGCUAUAGAUCGUGGCUGGAGAAAAUCCGAAAGGAGAGUCCGGCUUUCUUAACAAUAGUAUCCUUGGAGCUUCCGGAAUCGCCGAUUCCCUUGAUAGAAUCUCAAGCAAACGCGCGUUGGAGACGCAACGACCUUGAUGAAGUCGCGAACGACAAGGAUGACAUUUUAGAUGAGUUCCUGAAGAAGGUUACAGAGGCUGGCAAGAACAGGGAAAAGGAAAGUCGCGCCGGAAAGAACAAUGUGUUCCGGAAAAGUCGGCGGGAUAACAAAAAGGACGGCGGAUCUCUGGAAUGUACGAAAACGCUGGCCACCCUCGAGGAAUGCACGAAAAACAUUAUUGAAGGACCGAGCCGGCAGGAGGCCGGCGAGGAUUGCAUAUGCUCCGAGGUACCCCAGGAUCUCGGAAGAUCGGCGGAGCUCGCGAGCGGAGAUCCGGAAGUGACUCACACGAUUCGGAUCGCGAUGAAGUGUCGUCACGGAACGGAGGAAGAGGAGAAGGAGGAAGAGGAGGCAGGGAGGACACGGAAUGACAAGAAGGAUCUUCAAGGUCCGUCGAACGCGAGGAAGGACUCGGUGAAGCACGACGCUUCUUCUUCUUCUUCCUCUCGCUGCACCGUCACCGCAGGUGCGGCGUUGGACUUCACGCUAAAUUGCAAUAGCGUGCGACUGACUUCUCGUGACACGAGCCUGAAGGCGGCGACGCCUGAAAAGGGCCGAGAGGCAAAGAACGGCCGGAAACGGUCCGGAGUCAGUCCUCUCGAAAGUGGGUUUCGCGACGCGGGUCGCUUCUGUAUCAGUUUCAAAUAAACACGUGAAACGUCA